UUCGGCUGUCAUUCAAUGUUUAAAAACUCUCAAAAUAAAUUAUUUCGUAAGUUGUUGGUCCCGCGCGCGGUUUGAAAUGAAGAACCGAAAAGCAAAAUAAAAGUCAUGCAAUAAAUUGUUUUUGUGCAUAAAAAAGCUAACAAAAAGGGUAAAAAUAUCAAGUGUUUGGAUUUGUUCUACUAACUUUUAAAUAAAAAGAACCUGGACGUGAGUCGAACAGAAAUGUUUGUACAAGUAGACGUUAUGCAAGGGACAUUGCAAGGAAAAGAAUGCACUACAUACUAUGGGAAAAAAUACUAUAGUUUUGAAGGAAUACCUUAUGCUAAGCCACCUGUCGGCCGAUUGAGAUUUCAUGACCCACAGCCACCAGAAAGUUGGCAAGGCAUACGAGAUGCUACUAGACCAGGCAAUAAGUGUUGCCAGCUCAACCCAUACAUACAAUCUAAUUUAGAAGGCUCUGAAGACUGCCUCUACCUAAACGUAUACACUCCGAGUUUGCCAAGGGAAAAAAUCGAAACUCUACCAGUAUUAUUUUUCGUUCACGGUGGUAGAUUUAUUUUCGGUUACGGUGACUAUUAUAAACCAGAUUAUUUUAUGAAACAUGACGUUAUUUUGGUCACAAUAAAUUACAGAUUGAAUGUACUGGGGUUUUUGUGUUUAAAUAUACCAGAAGUGCCUGGUAAUGCUGGGUUGAAGGACACAGUUUUCGCUCUACGCUGGGUUAGGAAUAACAUAGACAAAUUUAAUGGAGAUUUGAACAAUGUGACCGUUUUCGGAGAAAGCGCGGGAGCGGGUGCAGUAGCGUCCUACAUGACUUCCAGGAUGACGCUAGGACUGUUCCACAAAGUCAUAGCACAGUCUGGGAACUCUAUAUUGGAUAUUUAUAUGAUAGAGGAAGAUCCUAUAGCUAAAGCGAAGCAUAUAGCUGCGAACAUGGACAAAGACUUGACUACCCCAAGAAACAUAUACGAGUUUCUAUUAGAAGUGCCCAUACAGGAGCUUUUAGUGGCAUUCAGCAUGGCUGAAAUGAGCCGACCACCGGCAGUAAUCAACGCAUAUUUGUUACCAGUCGUCGAAGAAGAAUUCGAUGGGGUCGAGCGAUUUCUCGUCGAAUACCCCCGAAUCGAUUUUCCCCUAAAUCAAUUCACUAAAGUCCCCGUUCUAACCGGCAUGAAUUCCCACGAAGGGGCUUUAUUCUUGCAGACAAAUGGUGAAGGCAAUGUAGAAUACGAAAAAGACUUUUAUUACUUUAUUCCAAAAUAUUUACAAAUUGAAAAGAAUGAUAAAAAGGCCAAACAGAUUGAGAAGAAAAUUAAGAAAUUUUACUUCAGUGGUAAAUCUGUGGACGAUAAAACUAAGCCGCAAUAUGUUAAUAUGGUUUCUGAUACUUAUUUUCAGUAUCAUCUUAUGCUUUUGCCGGAGAUUUUGUCGAAGGUCAACGUUGAUGUAUAUAUGUACAAAUUUCAGUAUUCAGGGAAUUUGAAUACUAGGGUCAUGAGGAGUUUAGAUUUAGCGGGGGCAAGCCAUGGAGACCUGAUACAAUAUCAAUUCUAUAGAGAUACAAAACACCAGAAAUGUGAUGCCAAGGAUUUGAAAAUAGUGGAAAUGCUGUCUGAAGCUUGGUGUACCUUUGCUAGAAAUGGGAGACCCACAUGGCGCAACCAGGAAACUGAGUGGUUACCGUACACGAAAAAGGGAAAACAUGUACUUAUAAUUGAUGAUGAAAUAGAAUGCAUCACAAACCCUGAUAUGGAUAGACUAAAAUUCUGGCUAGGUGUUACGGGAGAGCUUUCCAAAUUAUAAGAAAUUAUUUAAAAAUUUUAGUCUAUUUGCAAAAUGUACAUAGAAAUUAUAAUACAUUCUUAUAAAAAAUCGGGAAAUAGGUACGGUUCAUUUAUUUGUUGAAUUUCUGUGAUAAAAAUUUCAAGCUACUUAUAUUACAAUAGGUGUGACGACAGGGUUAUAAAAUAGUGAGUCUAAUUAGUCCGCAAUUUAGAUUGGCAAAAAAUACUUGACACGUAUUUUUUAUUUUUACAAAACAUUAAAUAUUUACUAACUUAUAACGGAACAGUGGGGGCUCGUGACGUCACGUUUAUGUAUAUGUUUUACGGGUAAAGCUAGAAGGUGGAGUAAACCUAGGUUUACGCGGGUUGACUUAGUAUUACCCAGACUUCUUGGGUAAAGUCCGAAUAAUAAGUAAAAUAAAUUUUACAUUUGGGGUUUACCCAUGCUCACCUAGGUCUACCCAACUCUGACUGGGUAAUGUUAGGUGUUGCGUAAUUUUCAAGCCCGUGGCGUUACUCUAAAAAGGUUUAAUUGCAAAACAGAAUGUGCCACAAAGAAGUGUUCAUGCAAAGCUGCAGGAAAAUUGUGCAAUUUUAAAUGUCACAGCAGUUUAUCUUGCUCAAAUAAAUAAUUUCAAUUGGAACAACACCGACCGUUAUUGUUUUUUUCUAUUAAAGCUAUUAAGUUUAUGCUCUUCAAGCGAUUACGAUAGCCUGUAUAUGUUUUUUUUUAAUUAUAAAUGUUUAAAAUGAUCUUGGAUUUUCAUUUCACUAAUUAAUUACACAAAUUUUUAACAUUACCCAGUCAGAGUUGGGCAGACCUAGGUGAGCAUGGGUAAACCCCGAAUUAAAAUUUAUUUUACUUAUUAUUCGGACUUUACCCAAGAAGCUUGGGUAAUACUAAGUCAACCCGGGUAAACCUAGGUUUACUCCACCUUCUAGCAUUACCCGUAACAUAUGUACUUAAAAGUAACGUAACAUAAAAUACCGUGUUCUCCGUUGUUAUUUGUUUGUGAGAGAAAUGAAAAAAUUCGUGUCCAUUAUUUUAGCGUUAUCUAAAAGACGGACUAAUUACUUAUUUUCAUCCGACAUGCCUAUUACGAUGGGUUGUGCCAUUUAACUAUAACGAUAACGGAACCAUUUGAAAUGCUAGUGUAUUUUAAUCUUCUAUAGAAUAGAAUCAUUUACUUGCCAUAAACAUGUGUUUACAUACAUACAUACACACGCAGGUGCAUGUAUGUAAGAUGGUAGGUACAAUUAAAUAUGUGCUUAAAAACAUGUCUGCCACUUUCUAUACUAAUAUUAUAAUGGGGGUAAUCAUUUUGCCGAAAUUACUGAACCGAUUUUAAAAAUUCUUUCACUGUGGGAAACUGCCAUAAUUGUAGAAAAUAAUUAUAUUGUAAAAUACCAUAUUUACAUACUAUACCAUACCAUAAUUUAUAUCUGUACGGGCAGUAGUUCCUAUGGGACGCGGGUGACACCGCGGGAAAACGACAGUUAAUAAUAAAAAUAUCAGUUAUCUACUGCUAACAGAUUUUAUAUUUAUUAAAUGUUAACCUUGUUGGUGAUUAAUUUAAAAAGCUAAUUAUGUUCAUGUAUCAAAUUAUGUUUUUUAUGUAUUCCAAAUAUACAGCUGGGGACUUCGUAACCAAUUUUUCUUUUUAAUGUUAUUUAUUGAUAACGAAAUUUUUGUUGUAACGGGACAUACUUAUAAGUAAAUCAUUGAAAAUAACUAUGGU